UCAAAAGGAAGGCGCUUCGAGCAAAAGUACGGACCCAUAUCGAAAGGAGAGAACUUUUUUCUUUCCAGGCUUCAAAUAAAAACAAAAUUUUGCAAAUUCCUCAUCGAUUCAGUUUCAGUUUUAGGCCGAGUAGUUUUAUUUAGUGUUAUUUAAGUUCGUAUAGAAAAUGAGUACGCUGCUAAGAACUGCUUUGUUGCUACUGUUUGGUGUGUUCCAAUCGCAAGCGAUUAUGUUCCAACUGCAGCCGAACCUGCAAAAGUGUCUCAAAGACGACAUGCAGGGAAACCAGAUCGUGGCCGGUGAAUACGAGGUGACCGGGGCGCCUGGUCAGAAAAUUAACUAUGUCGUACGGGACAGCAAGGGACACAUCAUGUCCCAGAAGGAGGACAUCAGCAAGGGCAAAUUUACCUUCACCUCCGAGCUGUACGAUACAUUUGAGAUUUGCUUCAUCUCAAACGUUUUACCAACGCACCGCGGUGUCGCUCAGGAUGUUUCGCUAGACAUCAAGAAGGGUAUCGAAACCAAGAGCUACGAAGGCAUUGGUGAAGCGGCAAAACUCAAACCGUUGGAGGUGGACCUGAAGCGUUUGGAGGAUCUCUCCGAUGCGAUCGUCCAGGACUUUGCGCUGAUGCGAAAGCGCGAAGAGGAGAUGCGCGAUACCAACGAGAGCACCAACAGUCGAGUGCUGUUCUUCAGUAUUUUCAGCAUGUGCUGCUUGCUCGGUUUGGCCACGUGGCAGGUGCUCUAUCUGAGAAGGUACUUCAUCGCCAAGAAGCUCAUCUAAGACCAACGCGCAGACAGGAGGGAGCACAGUGGCCGGUAGCAGGAAAGAACACCGCUCGACCGGCGGCGAGUCGAAUCGUAUGAGUAUGGAUCAACUGGACUACUUAGUGUGUAUACAAGAAGCUUGUGAGAUGAGAGUGUGAGAAUUGUGCGUUUUACUGAACGAAAAUACAGCGUGGAAGACCGCACGCCUGGGAGUCGCAGUCUAAAAAAUCAUCCUUCAAUUGGUUAGAAUAAUUGAACAAAACCACUCAUGAGUCUCACGUCGUCUGCCUUGCUUUUCGCAGAUCACUUUUCAAUUCAAUUGCGUUCGUAUUUUACUGGUUCAGUUUUUGGUUCUCAGAACUGCCGAAUGACUAGCAGUGCUACAUCUGAUACAUUUGUUCCUUUCCAUUUUCCUGAAACGAAUUUAGUUUUGGCAUGUUUUGUUCAAGUUACCUGAUUCCAGGUAGAGACGAAAGGACUUAAAAAUUCAUUAUCAUCAUUCAGUAUGCUCAAAUAUUUGAUUUUUUCUUGUUUUUGGGGUUGCAAUAAAGUAGCAUGUUUUAUAGAUAAUUUAGGUUUCAACAGAAUAGAUUCGAUAAACGUCAUUAU